AUUUAUUUGAAUAAAUAACUUUCUUAAUGUAAACAAACACCAAAGUCUGUGUGGAUAUCCAUAAGACUCUUGAAGAUAACUUUAAAACAAUCAAAGAGUAAGGCACUAAUGAAAUAUGUAAUUUCAUGUUAUCCAGUUUACGUGAUUAAGUAACAUAAAUUUUAAAUUAAUAUCUAAGGACUUGCCAUAAUAUAUAAGAUUACAAUAUUUGUAUAAUGUCCAUUAGAUCAAUUAGAAAUUGAGUUUGACUGAAUUGUGUAACAAUUAAUUGGAAUUGAACAUUGUAAACAAUAUCAAAUAUGUAUUCUCAAUGCAGUAUGAUAGAGUAUGGAUAAGAUUUAGAUUCAUUAUUGAAAUAAAUUGAUUCAUCUCUUACUUCCUCCUCUGAAUAUUUGAGACCCAUCCCUUAAAUCUUAACACCAUCAUGGGAAGAUAUUUCACCUCCAUUUAUACAUCAACCAGUUUGGGAUUAUAAUAUUAAUCCAUUCCUAUUUCGAAUAUUCAUAGCCUAAGCAUAAUCUACCAAACUAUCUACUUAGGAUUAAUAGAUGAUAUUAACUCUCUUCAAACCUGAAUAUAAAAUUGAUUUAACUCAAUUCAACAAUCUUGUUGAAUACAAUCCUCAAUUAGUCAGUGAUAUUAUCACUAAAUUACACUAAUAUGGAGUUAAUGUUCAUGAGUACAUCUUUCAUACCAUUAUUUUAUAGAUAUUUAGAUUUCCUCAUUCAAAUCAAAGUUACUAUUCAAACUUUAGAAUUAGUCAAUCAACUCACCAAGAAUAUUACACUUCCUGAUUAAUUCCUUAAUAUGUUUAUUACUAGAUGUAUUGUAACAUGUGAAGAAGUUAAAUAAGUAUAACUCUUAAACUUAUUAUUUUUAUUAGAAUCAAUAACAAUUAGCCAGAUAAGUCAGACUUGUUUCAGUCUUCAUUAAGACUCUGAUCAAAUAAAAAACAUUUGAUCCUAAGAAGAUUUAUGUAGAACUCUAAGGGUUCUGCUUAGAGUUUUCUUCAAUCUAAGAAGCAACUCAAUUAUUUAAAGCCAUUAAAAAUUCUGUCCAAGAAUAAUGA